UGUCUGCUGGCGUCUCCCUCCACCGCCACACACUCUGCCUCAACUCUGCACUGAAGACACCCCUGCCUGUGUGUGUGUGUGUGUGUGUGUGAGAGAGAGAGAGAGAGAGACAGAGAGAGAGAGGCUGACUGUGGCUUUCUGUGGAAACUCGCUGGAUCUUUUAUCCCUUUUCAUCCCCAACCUGAGCGCAGCCCUCAGAGGCUCGCAGCAGAGCGCUGUCACCCCACCUCUUCCUCCUUCACACUCUCUGAAAACAUGACAGACGCGGCGACCAACAUGCGGCUCAAGCUGCCGCUGAUCUGCAUCAUCCUGGAGGUGAUCCUCAUCAUCCUGUUUGGCACCCUGGUGCAGUACAACUACGAGACGGACGCCAGGCUGUGGCACGAGCACAAGACCAACCACUCUGACUAUGACAACGACUUCUACUACCGAUACCCAAGUUUCCAGGAUGUGCAUGUCAUGAUCUUCAUCGGUUUCGGCUUCCUCAUGACCUUCCUGCAGCGCUACGGCUUCAGCAGCGUGGGCUUCAACUUCCUGAUCGCCGCCUUCGCCCUGCAGUGGGCCACGCUCAUGCAGGGCUUCUUCCACGGCAUGCACCACGGCAAGAUCCACAUCGGGGUGGAGAGCAUGAUCAACGCUGACUUCUGCACCGGCUCUGUGCUGAUCUCGUUCGGGGCCGUUCUGGGGAAAACCAGCCCCGUCCAGCUGCUGGUCAUGGCGUUGUUUGAGGUCACCCUGUUCGCCGUCAACGAGUUCAUCCUGCUGUCGGCUCUGGGGGCCAGGGACGCUGGUGGCUCCAUGACCAUCCACACGUUCGGGGCGUACUUCGGCCUGGUGGUGGCCCGGGUGCUCUACCGGCCCAACCUGGACAAGAGCAAGCAUAGGAACAGCUCGGUGUACCACUCUGAUCUGUUCGCUAUGAUCGGCACCAUCUACCUGUGGAUGUUCUGGCCCAGCUUCAACUCUGCCAUCACAGCCCACGGAGACGACCAGCACCGCACUGCCAUGAACACCUACUACUCCCUGGCAGCCUGCACCCUGUCCACCUACGCCCUGUCCGCCCUCACGGCCCACGACGGCAAACUGGACAUGGUCCACAUCCAAAAUGCAGCCCUGGCCGGUGGAGUCGCCGCAGGAACAGCCGGUGAAAUGAUGCUGACGCCUUUCGGCUCCAUGAUCGUUGGCUUCUUGGCCGGCAUCAUCUCCGUCCUGGGCUUCAAGUAUCUGUCGCCCAUCCUGGAGGAGAAGCUGAAGAUCCAGGACACCUGUGGGGUUCACAACCUGCACGGCAUGCCCGGCAUCCUGGGCGCUAUAGUGGGCGCUGUCACCGCCGCCUUGGCAACCAGGGACGUCUAUGGAGACGGUUUGGAGGACGUGUUCCCUGACGUGGCCAAAGGGGAGAUCGAAGCGUCGUUCCAGGGCGUCCGGCAGGCCAUCUCCCUGGCGGUCACGCUGGGCAUCGCCCUGCUGGGGGGGCUCAUAGUCGGAUUCAUUUUGAAGCUGCCCAUCUUUGGUGCUCCUCCUGACACCAUCUGCUUUGAGGACAGCAUCUACUGGGAGGUGCCUGGUGAAGAGGCCGGUCAUGACGACCAGCUGACCACUGUGAGGACAGAAGAAUCUGAGAAGCUCAACAGUUAGACACACACUCUCACACACACACAUACACACUCAUAAUAUCCCAGCACUUGAGAUUUAUGCUCUGUAGUUUGUGAAAUUAAAGGUGGAGGUGCUUGUUUCUGCCCUCCUGACAGCCACCGCCUUCAACAUGCAGCCACAUAUCUGUGUUUAUGUGUAAAAUGUAUAAAAAAAAAAAAAAAAAAAAAAAAAAUGCCACUGUCACUUCAUAAUAUGACAGAUCGCUAUACUACCUUUUGGCCACUAGAGGACGCUCUGGAGCUGUAUUGGUCUGUGCCACAGGCCUGUGAAGGCAGUGAAGGGGCUGCACUGGGAAAUGACUUGUCUGUUUGAUGAAAAAAAAAAAAAAAAUGCUGUCUAAUUCCCCCCCCUCAGCCCAGCCAAGACAUAUUUACAGAAUUUAAUUUCAACAGCUUGGUAAAAAACCAAAGACAAAUAGAUUCCCCCAUAGCCAGAAACAUGGAAUCAAAAAAAAAAAAAAAAAAAAAAAGUGUAAAAAAUAAAUAAAUAAAAUAAAAAUAAAAAAUGAACUGAGUCCUGAGAAACUGAGAAUAAAAAUGGGUCACAUUUUAUAUCAGAUCAGGACAUUUUUAUUUUUUUUCUUUUCUUUUCUUUUUUUUUUUUGGUUUAAAACAAAAGUAUUCAGUAAGAAAGAAUGCAUCAGUAUCAUGAAACAUGUUUUUUUUAUGUGUGCAUUUUCUCUUAAUACUUUAGGGUCGGGGUUUUCUGUGACUUUUUUUUU